AUGGCAAACAGCUCGUCAAACCCACUACCAACUCUUUUCCAACAUCUAUCAUUGGGAGAGGGUGAGACAGCUUCUAGCCAGUGUGACACACCUAAAAGAAAAAUUAGCUUUUCGUUUUCUUCACCGCAAACCGGCUUGCCUUCUUCGCGCUCACCCAAUGACUCAUUCAUCUUCGGCCAGGAGUCCUCGAACCGAAGCACCGGCCCAAGUGAGAGAUUCCAAUCCAACAGUGCAUAUGUCAUUCCUCCAUCCUUUAGUGCCAUAGCUGGUUCCAAGCCAUUUUCGUUUCAGUCAAUCCCGUUACCCCCACAGUCUCAAACAUCAGCCCCGACUUCUCAACUACAGUCACCGUUCACACCAGUCACAAUCUCUCCACCGAGAUUGUCUGCAACAUUCAGUGGAACUAGCAGCACGGCAACUCCUUUAUCGUUUCUUUCACCAUCGACCCCACAAAGCAAGACUGGGCCUUCGUCCUCUCUUUCGCCAAGUUUAGACACGCCAAACUCUAGUCAUGUAUCGUCGCCAAUUCCUGAGCCACCAGCUUCCAUAAUUCCCUACGAUGCUAGAACAGAGGUACCACCUACUCACGCUCUCUUCACGGAUACUUUCCAAAACGCACUACUACAAGGCUCUGAAACAGCUCAGAAGGUCGUGAGGGCUAUUGAGAAACUGCAAGCUGGCGCCUUAAGAGAGUCAGACUCGGAGGUUCGAAACUUCCUCAGUGAUGCAAAGAGUCUGCAACACUUUCAGGGCACUGACACGCGCACAAUUGCUGUUCUUGGGGACUCGGGUGAAGGAAAAAGCAGUCUCAUAAAUUCGUUACUUCACUUCCCAGGAGUUGCUCAAACGGGCGAUAUUGGGUCUGCAUGUACCUCCGUCGUGACGGAAUAUCGGCAGAAAAAGGCAGAGCACACUAAACCGAUUACUAUUAGCGUUGAGUACCUCUCGGCACCAGAGAUCCGAGAACUCAUCAAGGAACUUCUUUGGAGCUACAGGCAAAUCUUCCUUGAAAGUGUUGAGUCGGAUGAAACUUCGGAGCAGGAUUACAACCGCUACAUGAGAGAAUCCGAACAAGCAUGGUCUGCACUAAAUGCUGCGUUCAAACACAAACGACAAUUCACGCAACGAAUGGCCCAAGAUAUGUCUGAAGGUGCUUUGGAAAGGAUCACUGAUCAGCUCAUCAAGUGGACAGAGGAGAUUGAGUGGCCUGCAGGCGGUGUUGAUGGAUUUUGGACAUCUACUGCCCAAACGGCUGAUGAAUGUGUAGAGCAGACAAAGUUCUUCAUGCAAGACAAGUUCUGGCCGUUUACCAAGAUCAUCCGUGUAUACCUUGAUUCCGAAGUCCUCAAGACAGGAGUCGUCCUUGCGGAUUUACCAGGUCUCCAAGACACAAACCUGGCAAGGGUUAGAGCAACACAGGAUUAUCUCAUCAAAUGUGACACAAUCAUAAUUGUGGCCAAGAUAUCCCGUGCCAUCACAGACCAAUCUCUCAAGUCUUCGUUAUUUUAUGUUCUCUCUCGACACAUGCCCAUCGAGUGGGAACAAUCUGGUACACAGAAGCUCAAUGUUUCUGUUGUGUGCACCAAGUCAGAUGAAAUCGAUCUUCGUACAGCAAGGCUCGAGUUCUGCGGCCCAAACAAGAGCAUUCCUACCGAAAUCAUGACUCAGCUAGACAGUGACAUAAGUAACGCGAAGCAGUCCAACGAUAGAGCAAGAAAGAAGGUGGCCAAGAAGCAACAAGAGCUUCUCCUUGUCCAAGCGCGGAACAGACAUGUACAGACAAAUCUACGAAAUGUCUACUCAUCAGAGAUGAACGGUAGAAAUCUCGAUGUUUUUUGUGUGUCUAACAACUGGUAUGAGAAGUAUUGCCCAAAAGGAAACACCAAGUUUGUGGAAGCCAGCGGGGUCCCGGACCUUCGUCGUUUCUGUCACACUGUGACUGCAGAUGCCCAAUUCAAUGAAGCGAAACACUUCCUCAAGUCCAGGCUAUCUACUCUGCUUAAUACGAUUGAUUUGUGGUCCAGUAGCUGGAUUCAAAAACAGGACGAGAUUGAAGAAUUGGACGACUCUGUACACACAAACAUCACCGAGCUCAUAGAACAGAUACCUGGUAUCGUAAAGACAUUCCGAGAAGACUUUACGACUUGCUUCCAAGAACAGAUAAUGACCUUUUUCGGUCAGAGAGACCAGCACUGGGACCAAGCUGCAAUUCGACAAGGCUCUGUAUGGGCAACUCAAUGGCACUGGACUCAAUACAACGCAUGGUGUCUGAGAAAUGGUGACCAUCAGACCUCGAAGCGCGGACACGAGAAUUGGAAUGCCAAGAUUUUAUGGAAAAUGCGUAUGGAACUUGAAGGUCAAUGGGACCUUGUCGAAGACGAAGUGUCAGAAGCUUUCGAAGCCAUUUCUGAUCGUGUCAAUGACCUUUUGAACUCGUUCACAAUCACUUUGCACGAAUUACUCCCUCCACGGCUUGCAGACGCCAUUAUCCAAACUGUUGACUUGCAGAUUGGUAACCUUGAAUACAGGAUGAGCAGAGAAGAAAGAAAGUUCUUGGCGGAAAUAAGAGCUAUACGCAGAUACGCUUCUGAGUCGAAUUACAACUCAUACAUAUUGCAAGAUAUGGUCCCUGUAUAUCGAUCCGCAUCUAAUCAAUCUGGUACGGGUAAAGCCGCGCGUCAAAGGUCUAUAGUUCAAGGGCACAUUGAACAAGGAGUCAUCUUUCCGAAAAUGGGCAUCGCCAUCUCGGAAAGCAUGGAAUCGCUGAUCAAAACAACAUCAACGAACCUCAAGACAAUACUCACGGGUGUUAUGGCUACUGUCAAGGCGGAUGUAGACAUCGCAUUGGGAUCCCACUCCAGGUCGAGGGUAACUCUUGACAAGUCAAGACAAGAGAGAAUGAGAGAAUUUGCGGACGAGGUUAAGUGUUUGAGGGAGGGACAUGAACGGCUGUUACAGAGUGUUGAGGCAAUUUGA